UGAAGGGAAGGUGCCCCGAGCAACAACAAGCAGAAACUGAAGACAGUCGCAGUCGACGUCUGGCAGAGCAUAUUCAGCGCUGGUGACGUGUAUGCAUCCAGACAUCAUGGUUGUAAUUGACUGCUAAGGAAUUUGCAAACAAGUAACUUUUAUUUACGAUUGUUCAUUUGCCCCAUGACUUUUGGCCCCUUAAAAAGUGGGAGACAUACAAUAUGGUCCCCAAUCAAGUCCGUUUUGGCCUAUUUAGAGCUUUUUUCCAGAGCCUUCGCCACUCAGAAAUUUGAAAUCAAUCAAAAUGGUGCCCAAUCAGGUCCAAUAUAAUCCAUUUUAGAAGUUUUUACCGACACAGGGCUGACCAGAAAUGUCCUUAAGACACCCCAAAAAUGCUAAUAAUUGCCCUGGGCAGAUGAGAUUGACAUGGCAACACAGAGGCUGAACUCUGAUUGGACAACCAAAUCAACGUACACAUAGCAGAAGCAGUGCAGCCAAGAGAAACGCUAUGAAAUAAAGAGAAGAGACCGGUGGGAAUAAAUUAGUUUCAUUUUCUGACUGCCCACACCAUAUAUUAGUAUUUUUAAUGGCACAUGGAUCCAAAACUACCAAAAAAAACCCUAAUAUAUGUAUAAGUUAAAAAUAGCAGUAAUAGAACUGCAUGCAGGAUAUAGUGUACCUGACGCUUGGCUUGCGUCAGACAACCUAACACGCAGCAAGUGCUGGCUUUUAUUGUGAAGGCCCGGGCGGCACCCGCGCCACCCGCUUCCUGCCGCUCAUAACGGAGCAGCAGGCGCACUGGCAGCCCCCCUUUCUCUCUGCUGACUCAGUGCCUUAGCAGCAGUCCCGCACAUCCCCGAGAACGACCGGCAGCAUCCUCCUCCGCCCAGCACCGCAGACAUGGCCAAGACUGCAAUUGCUUACAAGGAGAAGAUGAAGGAGAUUUCCGUCUUCUCGCUCAUCUGCUCCUGUCUGUACCCCGAAAGCCGCAAGAACGCCCUGGGCGACUUCGAAGAGCUGGACAUCAAGCCGAUCAACAAGCGCGCCUCAGGCCAGGCCUUCGAGGUGCUCUUGAAGCCGACGUCGCCCGUGUCGGACGCGGCCCACUGUGUCACCUCGCCCCCCAAGAGGGACAUCUCCCUGGACGACAUCCAGAAGAAGCUGGAGGCCGCCGAGGACCGCAGGAAAUCCCAGGAGGUGCAGGUGCUGCGGGCGCUGGCGGAGAAGCGCGAGCACGAGCGCGACGUGCUGCUCAAGGCCAUGGAGGAGAACAGCAACUUCAGCCGCAUGGCCGAGGAGAAGCUGCAGCUGAAGAUGGAGCAGAUCCAGGAGAACCGGCAGGCCUACCUCGGCGCCCUCAUGGAGCGCCUGCAGGAGAGGGAGAGGCACGCUCAGGAGGUGCGCAGGAACAAGGAGUUGAGAGAAGAGGUGACAGCGUGAGGAGGACCCCACAACCCCCAGCCACCCCCCACCACUUUCUCCUCCCCUGGGUCCUACUGUCCACCCUAAUGGAAAACGCCAUCAUCUGAACCCCUACCGUUCCUUCCUCGUUUCCAUACAACAUCCCGAGACAGUGGCACGCACACAUGGGAGGGUUUUGGAGGGGUCAUUCAUCAUAACGAAAACAUAAAUCAGCCAUUCUUCCCAACAACAACAACAAAAAACAAGAAAAAAAAGGAAUCUGAUUGCCAGAAAGUCACGGAAAGCGGUGGUGUAAAUACUUCUUUUUUUCUUAUAUACAGUACAGAAAGUAUUGAUUGCGGUGCGACAUUUUUCAUUAUCUUUAUUUUUGUUGUCGUUUUGUGGCUUAGGUGUUUUUGUGGUGAGUUUGCAAGGACCCCUCCUCUCGCCCCCCUUUCUCGUUAGCAUUUAAUGCUAGGCUAACAUAGCAUAGCAUCCCGAUCUCUUCCUUGUUCACGCGUUUAGCAUAGCACACAGCUAAUUAGCAUUUAGCAACGCUGCAGAAAACAAAACCCGGAAUCCUGCGAACCCCUCCCCCCUCUUCGUAACUCGCUUUUAGCAGGGAGGAGCCACGCCUGAGGUUGAACCCCAUUGGUUGGUACCGUGUCAUGUGACUCUUUCCAUUCGUGUGUGUGUGUGUGUGUGUGUGAGACCCUCUCUCGCUCUCUCUUUCUGCAUUACUGUACAUCUUUGUCAAGAAAGCUGUGGUUAAUAAAGAUUUGGGGUUCAUUGAAAAUCA